UGAGCGACGCCCCGCGGUUAACAGUCGGCACCAUGGAAGCCUACCGCCGCGCUUUUAUUCAGACCGGGAGCCUGGCCCCGCUGAAGCACGUCAUGGCUGGCGUGUUCGUCAUGGCCUUCGGCAUGGAGCACUACUUUCACCACAAGUACCAUUCGCACGCCGAGGGGGCGCACGAUCACAAGGAGGCGGAGGUCGACAUGACCAAGGUGGACGCUGCCCUUCCCGCUGCUGCGGCGGCAGCCAUGGCCGAGAAACCCCUGCCCGCGGACAUGGACGCGCUCACCGCGGAGAUCAAGUCCCUCAGGGCCGAGAUCGGAACCCUGCGCGCCGGAAUGCGCGAGGCUGCGGAGGAGGCUAACAAGAAGAAGUAA